UCCACUCAUUUUCUUCCCCCUUUCCCUUCCAACCCCGGGAGCUCAUGGGGACAGGCAAGAUCUAGACAUAGCGAAAGAGAGGGAGAUAGAGAUAGACAGAGAAAGAGGGAGAGAGAAAGAGAGAGUGUGACAUGCCCUGUCACGCCAGUGUCGACUGCUCCCGUGCCGACCGUCUUCCCUGUCUGUCAGGAAAAGGAAUGUUUUCCGGAGAGAUGAAUCCCUGAACCCGUUCACCAUGAGGAUGUGGGACAGCGAUUUCCAGAUCCUCGCCGGAAGAAUCCCUCGGAAAAAAGAGCAGCCGCCUGAGAAGCUAGUAGCUGAUCCUGUGUGGACUCCUGGGUCACAGUGCUGAGGACUCUCUUCCAUUCACACCGCUGAAGCAUUACAGCACUGCUUUCUUGUUUUGCUCGUUGUCAUAUUUGGUGGAUUUUGUUAAUAGUUGUGUUUACCCUGCAUUUGUUUUGAGGAUUUGUUAUGCUCCAAACUACUUUUUUUAAUCCAAGCUGGGGUGGCCUUGCAUUAUGUAGUCCAUUCAUAUUCCAGCUGCUGACAACAUGACUCCAUAAAGGCUGACCUUGUGCCCAACACUGGAAUGACUAAGUGGACCUCCAGUGUCAUUACUAUGGUAUAGAGCACAGAGCAGUCUAAGGGGCAGGCAGGCAUGAUGUUGUUUUGGGAGUGGUCACAGUGUGUGGAGGGCAGUGUGUGUAGAUAGUCUUAAAGGUUAGAGGGAAGAUUCAUCACGCGGCUUCAUGAAGCCUGGACUCUGCCACGGGGCGAGGGAGAGGACUAUGAUGCACCUCAGCAACUUCCCUUUCAGGAGGCACUCAUGGAUUUGUUUCGAUGUGGACAACGGCACAUCGUCGGGGCGCAGCCCGCUGGACCCCAUGGCCAGCCCGGGGUCUGGGCUCAUACUGCAGGGCAACUUUGUCCACAGUCAGCGGCGAGAGUCCUUCCUCUACCGCUCUGACUCGGACUACGAACUGUCGCCCAAGUCCAUGUCCAGAAACUCCUCCAUCGCCAGCGACAUUCAUGGCGACGAUAUGAUUGUAACACCAUUUGCACAGGUUCUAGCCAGUCUAAGAACUGUACGGAAUAAUUUUGCCGCAUUAACCAAUUGUACACAAGACAGAGUGUCCAACAAGAGAUCACCCAUGUGUAAUCCACCUCCCAUCACCAAGACCUCAUUCACAGAGGAGGCCUAUCAGAAACUGGCCACUGAGACGCUGGAGGAGCUAGACUGGUGCCUGGACCAGCUGGAGACCUUGCAGACCAGACACUCAGUCGGCGAGAUGGCCUCCAACAAGUUCAAGAGAAUGUUGAACAGGGAGCUCAGCCACCUGUCUGAGAUGAGCCGCUCUGGGAACCAGGUGUCGGAGUUCAUCUCCAGUACCUUCCUGGACAAGCAGCACGAGGUGGAGAUGCCAACUCCGCAGACGCAGAAGGAGAAGGAAGACAAGAAGAACAGGCCCAUGUGUCAGAUCAGUGGGGUGAAGAAACUGCAGCACAGCUCCAGCCUCACCAACUCAAACAUACCCCGCUUCGGAGUCAAGACAGAGACAGAAGACGAACUGGCUAAGGAGCUGGAGGAUGUAAAUAAAUGGGGCCUUAAUGUUUUCAAAGUCACUGAGUUCUCUGGGAACAGGCCCCUGACCGUCAUGAUGCACACUAUAUUCCAGGAGAGAGACUUGUUAAAAACGUUCAAAAUUCCACUUGACACCUUUAUAACAUACCUGAUGACCUUAGAAGACCAUUACCAUGGCGACGUGGCCUACCACAACAACAUCCAUGCUGCUGAUGUCACCCAGUCCACUCACGUGCUGCUAUCCACCCCCGCUCUAGAGGCUGUGUUCACCGACCUGGAGAUCCUAGCUGCCAUAUUCGCCAGUGCUAUUCAUGACGUUGACCACCCUGGAGUCUCCAACCAGUUCCUCAUCAACACUAACUCAGAGCUGGCCCUCAUGUACAAUGACUCGUCAGUCCUGGAGAACCACCACCUGGCUGUGGGCUUCAAGCUGCUUCAGGAAGAGAACUGUGACAUCUUCCAGAACCUGACCAAAAAACAACGACAAUCACUGCGCAAGAUGGUCAUCGACAUUGUCCUAGCCACUGACAUGUCCAAACACAUGAACUUGCUGGCUGACCUAAAGACCAUGGUGGAGACCAAAAAGGUGACCAGCUCUGGAGUUCUACUCCUGGACAACUACUCUGACAGGAUACAGGUACUGCAGAACAUGGUGCACUGUGCGGACCUGAGUAACCCCACUAAGCCCUUGCAGCUGUACCGCCAGUGGACCGAUCGCAUCAUGGAAGAGUUCUUCACCCAGGGGGACAGAGAGAGGGAGAGAGGCAUGGAGAUCAGCCCUAUGUGUGACAAACACAAUGCCUCGGUUGAGAAAAGCCAGGUAGGUUUCAUAGACUACAUUGUCCACCCUCUAUGGGAGACGUGGGCAGACCUGGUGCACCCUGACGCCCAGGACAUCCUGGACACUCUGGAGGACAACAGGGAGUGGUACCAGAGCACCAUACCCCAGAGCCCCUCACCUACCCUGGACGAGCCUGAGGAUAUCAGCCGCCCCCUUGGAGGGGACAAGUUCCAGUUUGAACUCACCCUGGAGGAAGACGGGGAGUCGGACACAGAGAAGGACAGUGGCAGCCAACCCGAGGAAGAGGAUGAAGAAGAGGAGAAUAGUUGUAGUGACUCGAAAACACUCUGUACGCAGGACUCUGAGUCGACAGAGAUACCACUGGACGAACAGGUGGGGGAGGAUGAGGAGGUGGAAGUGGAAGGAGAAUCCUCUUCAUCGAAACCAUCUGUAGUCGAAGAGGAAGAGGAGGAUGAUGAGAAGAAGGGAGAGGAGAAAGCAGCCGAUACAUAGCAGUGUAUGGACGGCAACUAAACUGUUCUUCUUAGUAACCAGAGAUUAUUAUUUAUAGAGUAUUUUGGGGUUUUGUGGAGUGUCUGUCUGUUUUUUUUAUAUAUAUAUAUAUAUAUGUUUAUGGUUCCAAAGCGCACGCUGCUCUUCACCCCUUGGUCCCUCCUCUCUCCUCAUCCUAUUGGUCAGCUUCUUAGACACGCUCACUGGUACUUCUACACGUUUUUUGCACUCAGGAAAACCCUUUUCCAUUCACAUUUGUACUGGAGUUGUCUGUGUGUUAUUUAACUUUAAACCCUGUCCUACUGUGUUGAAGUUACAUUAAGGAUUUUGAUCAGCCGUUUAGAGUGUGUUUAAUGCUGUUUCUAUACAGUAUAUCUCCUCCUUUCAGCCUUGCCUGACUGAUGGCAGUGUUUCUGUGUGUUAUUAAGUGCCGUUCUGCAGAAGUUGCUAUAGUAUAUUUUUUUCUUAGUUCUUUGUACUCCUCAGCAAAGCCAGUGAAGCAAUGUGCUAAGUUGCUGUGUGGUCUGGAUGAAUGAAAGCCCAACAAGACACGUCACCAUGCAGAGAGGAGCUGCAGCACAUGGAGAGAAAUGCAUUGUGGGAAUUUAUCAAGACACUUUUCUGAAGUUGAAGUCUUCCUUGAAAACCUGACUGAAAAAAAGGCUAAGAUCUUACUAAUGCUAGGUUUGACCUCUAGAGUUUUUGUAUCAUAAUGUACGUAUCUUUUUUAGGUUUUACUUUUGCUAUCCUAGGUUUUACUUUUGUUAACAAAAAGAAAAAGAGAAGUGACUUGAAAGUCAAGUGAAAUCUGUUGAUGAGAAUACCUCGUCUGCCACUGCUUUUCUGUGUGUAAAAGGGUCAUUUUCUAGUUAUUGUAUUUGGGUUAGUAUUGGGGAAUAUUUGCACUCCUUUAAAUAUAUCCAACCUAGCCUCAGGGCAAUUCGUAGCAUCUGGGACAGACAUUUGCCCCUUCCAUUUAGUAUCAUAUGUUACAUUACAAAUGGAAUAGUGAUUGUACAAUAUUAUACAAAUUGAAGGAUGUGUAGUAUCAUAAGUCUUACCUGGUCGAACAAUAUCAUACAAAUUGUAUUAAGUAAGUUAUCGUAUGUCUUGGAGGAUGUAUAUGUCUUUGUCUGAAACCAGGCUGCUUGUUGCGUUGCAGGAUAAUUUACUUUGCUGGUUAGGAGAAUUGACAACAAAGCAGUGGUUAACUUGAGCAGGAGCUCACCAGAGCAGAGUACCGGUACACAAAAAGCUUCUACUGCUUGAGCUUCUGUUCAUUUUAUAGAAUAUUAGCUCAAAUGUAUUGUGGAGCUCCUGCUCUGAAAUAUAAACCAUACUGGCACCCAAAAUGAGUACCAGAACCUAUUUCAGUCUAAGUCAAGCACUGCGACAAGAAUGUAUGUAAAACGUUAGAAGGUCCAGGCUGUGUCACAUCCGGCCGUAAUUGGGAGUCCCAUAGGGCGGCGCACAAUUGGCCCAGCGUCGUCUGGGUUUUCCCGGAGUAGGCCUUCAUUGUAAAUAUGAAUUUGUUCUUAACUGACUUGCCUCGUUAAGUAAAGGUAAAAAAUAAAUGACAAUACAAGGUAAGAAUUAGGUUAAGAUUAGGUAAAGGGUUGGGGAAGUGUUAGCUAAAAUGCUACACAUUACUAGAUGGUUGCGGUUUACGCCCACCUAUCCUUCCCGAGCAACCACAUUUCGUUUCUGUCUUAAGUAACCAGACCAUUAUUCCAUUUGUAGCAUAACUGAACUUAUCAUUUUAUGUCAAAUAGCAAACGUCUAAAUUAUUAGUCCAGUCCAAUAUAUCGCCCAAUUCCAAAUCAACCCCCAGCUCCUACCCUCUGUCUACGCACUUGAUCUGAGAGGAUUGGAUAUAUAUUAAGAGUUUCAAAAUCCUCUCAUAUCUACAGGAGUGCCUAGGGGGCAGGUGCUCGGGCUUGAUUUUGUCGAUUGCAUGUCUAUCAAAAGUAAUUUACACUAUUACUCCCACACCACUGUCCCCAUUUCUGGUUGUAAUAACCAUGUAACAAUUAUUUCCAAGAAUGUUUUCGCUGAAAAAAAAUGACACAUGUUGACAUGUAGGCCUACUUUACUUUACGUUCAAUGAAAUAAUUUAGUCUGACUGACCAGAAGGACGCCUUUAAGUUCCACUUGUGGUUGCCUGCAGUAAAUGUGAGCAAAUGUCAUCCGACAAUGCAAUGCUUGUAUUGGAUAUAAGAAGCACCUUUGGUUAAUAAGUUGUGGAAGUCUGGGGGGGUUGGGACACUUUUUGUGCUAAGCACACAGUAACCUUAUUUCCCAUUUUCUGUCAAUCUUGUCUUCGUUUUCUGAUUGUGGUGUAGGGAUGUGGUCGAUUCUGUUUCUCAUUCGGGAAGCAAUUUGUUCAAAAAUAGUGGUAAGAAUAUAUUUAGCGUUGAAAUCCCUCAGAUAAAGUAACAGCUUUGUGACAUGUCUGAAAUAUGAAACGUGACAGUCAUUAUUACAAUUUGUCAUGGCUUAUAAGAAACAAAUCAAAUUCCAAUUCAAUAAUUGAAAGAUCCUCAUUUAAAAUAAAUGUAUCUUUUCAUCUCUUGAAUGGGGAACUAAUAUUACUAUCCUGAAUUUACUUGGAAUGGAAUUGACCGCAGCCGUUACUGCAGGUCAGUAAUAUUUACCAACGCAACUACAUGGUUGAUGUUUUCACACGUUAAGAAAAUGCCUGUCGUUGUCAUGACACUAUCCUUUUUGAUUAGUUUGUUUUGACCAAGAACACAAGACAAUCAGCUCCAUGGUGUAGUAGUGGUCUCAUAAGAAGUAUAGUCGGCUACAGUUAAUGCACUGAUGUUUUCAUAUCUCUCUACUUUACUAUUUGAUUUCAACUCGCCAAAACUCACGUGCACAUUUAGGCUUGAACAAUGCCCUAUACACUUAAUCCAAGAGACUCUUUCUUUUCCACAUUUUCUAUUGUUGUUGUUGUUACAAUUGAUGUUAUUAUUUAUUGCUAUGUUUUUCUAUUUGUUGUGUCUUUCUUGCCGUAUUAGGGUGGGACAGUAAAGCUUUCACUGUAGCAUAGAAUGCAGUACAGGCUUGCCAGUUACUAUACCCAAAUAUGCUGUUUUUCUAACUAUGUACAUACAGUAUAAAAAAAAAUGUUGAAAUGUAAAAUAUGACUUGCAGUAAUGAACAUGUCUUUUUAAAGAGUGCUUAUUUUAAAAGAAAUGUGUCGUUUCUAAUGUUUUAUUUCAUUCUUAUUUCCUUGUGCCAAGUUUUUUCCCCCAUCCUCACCGGAUGACCUUCCCAUAAUACAGUUUUUCUGGUUGUAUCUCUGUUUACAAACAUAUUUAUUGUGCUGUAAAUACUACCAUUACUAUUAUUAUUAUUAUUCUCCUCAUGAUGCUGUUUGUUGUAAGUUCAUUGACUCAUCAUCCCUUAUGGUGAUGGUGUGGCUGUAUCAUGUCCCUCUUGUUGAGAGAAUGUUUAUUACACAAAAACUGAUCCAUUGAUAUCGGUUAUCUGAGAAGCUUGCUUAGAGUGGAGGAGGAGAGGGGAAAGCCAAAUUGUUUUCUAGAGGAAGCUGUUCCUUGGCCCAUGGGCUGUGCCUUAAAUUCAACAUGCCAUUUUUAUGUCUCUCGUUUCUUUUUAAUUCUCCUCGUUUGCUGCAUUAGAGAGUCUUGGGGUUUGAGCUGACCUCACCCAGACAAUGGCCUCCAGUUGUGAAAGGAACUCAUUAAUUAAUGUUGCCUUUUUACUAUUACAGCCAAAUCAGAAAUAUUAUGUGAACAUGGGAAAAAAAGGCAGUACGUGCUAUACAUUCUGUUGUCAAGGUUGAAAACGGAGGUCAUGGCUGUGGAGUUCCUGGUCGACUCAGGCCUAAGAUCCACUAGAUGAGUGGUGGCUUGGCCAAGCUGGAUACAUGGGGUUGGUUGGUCCUAUGGGGUUAUUAAGCACCAAGAUUUAGAGACGCAUCCACGUGUUCAGUCACUGCUGCAUUUAUUUAGGCUGAAACACUCACGAUGUGUUGCUCAUCCAUGCUUGGCAAGCACAUCUAACCAUACAACAUGCAAUAUCUAAAACCACUAGCAUCUUUCUGCCUGGAGAGGAGAAGGCUAGUAUUUAUAUAGUAGGGGGGGGGGUCAUUCUAAAAACACAUCCUUCGAUGGGGACUCUUAUUUUGACACACAUACUGUAGAUUAUUAACAGCCAUGGACCAAUGGAAUCAGUGGUUUCUUUUGUCAUUUUGUGUUAUAUUUUUAUGGUAUGAAAGGAAUACACAAACUGUACGUAACUUCAAAAAGGUCUUCAGGACAAUUAUUUUUGGGUUAUGUCUUUAGAAUGCCAACUUGUCUUGAAGUUUCACGAGACAAUAUAAAGUUAUUUUAAUGGAUUCCUUGUCAAUUGCAGUCUAUUGAAUAGCACUGUAGAUCAUAAACUUUCUGUAAAAAAAAAUACUUAAAAAAGUGAAGAAAAAAUGUUUUUUUAUAUGCAACAGAUUAAAUAAAAGCAUGGGUUGAUUCUGCCUA